CUUUUCUUUUGUCGCCCUCCUCCUCCUUCCUUGGCUUCUUCUACUUGGAUUCCCGAUUUGCCUCGCCGUGGUUCCGUCGCACCGCAGUGUCUCUCCGUUUUCCUGUGACCCUCGGCAUUUAGUGAAGUGAUGAUUUACACUGCAAUUGACAAUUUCUACGUAACCGAUGAGCAGCUUAAGGCUUCACCUUCCAGGAAAGAUGGGAUAGAUGAAACAACUGAAAUCUCUCUUAGAAUCUAUGGAUGUGAUCUCAUCCAGGAGGGUGGAAUAUUGCUCAAACUCCCCCAAGCGGUUAUGGCUACUGGGCAGGUUCUUUUCCACCGGUUCUACUGCAAGAAAUCUUUGGCCAAAUUUGACGUUAAGAUAGUUGCUGCGAGCUGUGUCUGGCUCGCAUCAAAACUGGAAGAAAACCCUAAGAAAGCAAGACAGGUAAUCAUUGUAUUCCACAGGAUGGAGUGCCGCAGGGAGAACUUUCCACUAGAUCAUCUGGACAUGUAUUCCAAGAAGUUCUCUGAGUUGAAAGUUGAAUUAAGCAGAACUGAGAGGCACAUACUUAAAGAGAUGGGUUUUGUUUGUCAUGUUGAACAUCCUCACAAGUUCAUAUCAAACUACCUUGCCACACUUGAAACACCUCCAGAAUUGAGGCAAGAAGCUUGGAAUUUGGCAAAUGAUAGUCUGCGUACAACCCUCUGUGUGAGGUUCAGAAGUGAGGUUGUGGCAUGUGGGGUUGUGUAUGCUGCUGCCCGUAGGUUUCAAGUACCUCUCCCAGAGAAUCCACCCUGGUGGAAAGCAUUUGAUGCAGAUAAAUCGAGUAUUGACGAAGUGUGUAGAGUUCUUGCUCAUCUAUACAGCCUUCCAAAGGCUCAGUAUCUUUCUGUUUGCAAGGACGGGAAGCCAUUUACAUUUUCCAGUAGAUCUGUGAAUCCUCAAGCUCAAUCAGCUACAAAGGAUGUGUUGCCGGUGCCGGCAGUAGGCGAGGCUGUUGAUACAAAGCGUAUUCCAGGAUCAGCUAAUAACGACUCAAAGGAUGGAAUGGUUACUACGCCUCACGAAAAGGCUACAGAUUCCAGAAAGAGCGAUACUGAGUCGCACAGUCAGCCAAUUGUAGGAGACUCAAGGGAGGAAAAAAGUAAAGCUGGAGAAAGAGAAAGAGAAAGAGAGAGUGAUAGAGAGAAGGAACGAGGUUCUUGA